CUAGUAGAGAACAUUGCCAUCCGUUGGUUUCUUUUUUUUUUUUCCAACCUGUCGUCACCAUCGUACUGUACAAAAUCUAUACCGACUCGUCAUUCUAUCGGCGCAGCAACCCUAGUCGCUGCUUAAACCGUUUGCACCCCUUAUAAUACAAGCAGGGAAGCUAAUCUUUGCAAGAAAACGGACCCUGAAAAACCUGUCAAAUCAUCGAUAAUGUCUGACACGUUACAAAUCCCAACCAUUAAACGAGAACAUAGUUCCAAUAGUGUGUCCAGUAUAUCUGACCGCAGUAGUAUUUCAUCCACAUCACCGUUAACCUCCGAGGGUGAUUUCCAGCUCACAGUGCAAGACUUGACCGAGCUCCAUGACCCAAAGUCUUUAAAGAAACUUUAUUCCUUAGGAGGCAUCAAACUGUUGCUUACCCAUUUGAAAACAGACGCCAAGCAUGGGAUCAUAUCACAAUCAGACAAGGACGAAAGAAUAGACGCAUUUGGCGCCAAUGUUCUUCCAGUAAAGUCACAAAAAUCCUUUUUCAGGUUAUGUUUUGAAGCCUUGAAAGAUAAAGUCUUGAUCAUGUUGAGUGUGGCAGCCGUUGUGUCAUUGGCCUUGGGUCUUUAUGAAACUUUUGGUCAAGGCACUGAAUAUGAUGAUGAAGGGAAGGCAUUACCCAAAGUUGAUUGGGUUGAAGGUGUGGCCAUUAUUGUUGCUGUUCUCAUUGUGGUUCUCGUUGGUGCCGCCAAUGAUUACCAAAAGGAACGUCAAUUUGCCAAAUUAAACGCCAAAAAGGAAGACCGUGAACUUAUCGUCAUACGAGAUGGUGCCCAAAAGAUGAUUUCUAUUCAUGAUUUACUUGUUGGUGACAUUCUCAACUUACAAACCGGUGAAAUAGUUCCUGCUGACCUGGUUUUACUUUCUGGGGAAGUUGAAUGUGAUGAAUCGGCCUUGACUGGUGAAAGUGAUACCAUCAAGAAGAAACCUGCUAAAACUUGUUUAUCCAUUUAUGAAUCACAUCUCCCAACCGAUGAAGACAUUGGAAGUUUGAAAAUUAAGUUCCGUGAUCCAUUUUUGAUCUCCGGAAGUAAAGUUUUGGCUGGUUUGGGUGAUGCUGUGGUUACUGCAGUUGGUCCUAAUUCCAUCCAUGGUAGAACCAUGUUACUGCUUCGUCAUGAUGCCGAAACAACCCCACUUCAAGAACGUUUGGAUAACUUGGCCGAAGGUAUUUCCAAGUAUGGUUUAUUAGCUGCUCUUAUUCUUUUCAUUGUCUUAUUUAUUAGAUUUUGUGUCAAUUUGGGACCAAAUGGUAAUUAUGUUGACUUGAUAGGUGCUGAAAAGGGUAAAAGGUUUUUAGACAUCUUGAUUACUGCCAUCACUAUCGUUGUGGUUGCCGUUCCAGAAGGUUUACCCUUGGCUGUGACAUUAGCAUUGGCAUUUGCCACCACUAGAAUGGCUCAAAAUGGUAAUUUGGUCAGAGUUCUUAAAUCAUGUGAAACCAUGGGUGGGGCUACCGCUAUUUGCUCGGAUAAAACAGGAACUUUGACUAUGAAUAAAAUGAGAAUCGUCAAGGGUUUGUUUGCUGAAGACAUUGAGUUUGAUGACACUGUUGGUGGUCAUGGUCCUAAAUUUGAUGAUAGUUUAAGAUCUAAAAUUUCUGAAGAUCUUAAAAUCUAUUUAUGUACCAACAUCACUUUGAAUAGUACUGCCUUUGCUAAUGGUGGAUUUGACGAAGCCGAUGCUGAAGCCAUCGCUGCUCAACAAGCUGCCAUGCCAAAACCAUCAUUUUUCAAAAGAAUUCUUUCUUCUAAAUCUGCUGAAGAAGAACGUCUUAAGCAAAAUUUUGAUCUUUUACAAAAGGGUGAACCAUAUUUGGGUAAUAAGACUGAACUGGCUCUUCUUAUCAUUGCACAAGAAAAGUUUGGACUUUUUGAAAACCAAUCAUUAGAUGACAUCCGUAGUGGUGCCAGUAAAGAUAUUGUUCAAGUAAUUCCAUUUGAAAGUUCACGUAAAUGGGCCGGUGUUGUGGUGAAGAUUGAAAAUGGUUAUCGUCUUUAUGUCAAGGGUGCUGCCGAAAUUGUGUUCAAAAAAUGUGGUUACCAAUUCUCUGGAAACAAUGUUGUUGAAUUGGAUGAUCGUAACAAGAGAGAAGCUGUUCUCACCAAGAUUGAUGAGUAUGCCAAUGAUGCAUUGCGGGCAAUUGCUUUGGCUCACAAGGAUUAUGUUGGAGACUCUGCUUGGCCACCAAGGGAAAUUGUCGAUGAAAAGACCUUGGGACAUCAUCAUCCAUCUGCUGACCCAGAUAGAAUUUGGGCAGUUGAAGAUAAACUGUUCACUUUGGAUGGAUUGGUUGGUUUACAAGAUCCAUUGAAGGAAGGUGUUCCAGAGGCUGUGCUCAAGUGUAAGCAAGCCGGUGUUACCGUCAGAAUGGUUACUGGUGACAAUUUGAUCACAGCCAAGGCCAUUUCUAAAGGUUGUCAUAUUUUAACUCCAGAUGAUCUUUCCAACGAGUAUGCAUUCAUGGAAGGUCCUACUUUCCGUAAGUUGCUGGAUACAGAUAGAAAGGCCAUUGCCCCACAAUUGAAGGUUUUGGCCAGAUCCUCGCCCGAUGAUAAACGUUUACUUGUUCAAACAUUGCGUGAGGCCGGCGACGUUGUCGCUGUUACAGGUGAUGGUACCAACGAUGCACCAGCAUUGAAAUUGGCCGAUGUUGGGUUUUCCAUGGGUAUUGCUGGUACUGAAGUUGCUAGAGAAGCUUCAGAUAUCAUCUUGAUGACUGAUGAUUUCACCGACAUUGUACAAGCGAUUAAAUGGGGUCGUACUGUUUCAACCUCGAUCAAGAAAUUUAUUCAAUUCCAAAUCACCGUUAACAUCACUGCUUGUGUUUUGACCUUUGUUUCUGCCGUGGCUUCCUCUGAGGGUAAAUCUGUCUUGACUGCUGUGCAAUUGCUUUGGGUGAAUUUGAUCAUGGAUACUUUGGCUGCAUUGGCCUUGGCCACUGAUAAACCAGAUGAUCUGCUUUUGAAUAGAAAACCCAAUGGAAGACAUACACCAUUGAUUUCUGUUUCCAUGUGGAAGAUGAUUCUUGGACAAUCCAUUACCCAAUUGAUUGUUACAUUUGUAUUGCAUUUCUGUGGCCAACAAAUCUUUUUCGGUAAGGGUUCAAUUAUCGACAACCAUCAACAAUUGCAACUUGAUGCUAUGACAUUCAACACUUUUGUUUGGUUACAAUUCUGGAAGUUGGUCGUUACCAGAAAACUUGAUGAAGCUGAUGGAAUCAGUAAGGUUCGUGAUAGAAUCACCGCUGAUAAUUUGAAUUUCUUUCAACAUUUGUUCCGUAAUUGGUACUUUUUGGCAAUUGCUGCAAUCAUUGGUGGAUUCCAAGUUUUGAUUAUGUUUGUUGGUGGUGCUGCCUUCAGUGUCACUGGCCAAAACCCUGCGAUGUGGGGCACUGCCAUUGUUUGUGGGUUCCUUUCCAUCCCAGUCGGGGUAUUGAUUAGAAUCUGUCCUGAUGAAUGGGUCUUGGCUAUUUUCCCAUCCCGUGCUUUCAAAGCGUUUAUCUAUGCACUUCUGUUCAAAUGGAUGAGAAAGGGGAAGAAUGACAAGGACUUGGAGGCUGCCAAGGAAGGAGAAACUUUGGAAAAGGCCUGAACUUCAUUUUAGCAUUU